AAUAAGAACCAUAACAAGCAGUGGACAUAUAAACAGCAGAAGGAACUGUGUUUCCUGAAAAAUCGUCAUGGGGUCUGCAAGGAGACCUGGCCAAGAGCCAGGAGGAAGACAGCUGCUUCCUGUGAGCCAUGAGGCCCUUAUAGAGAUUAACCGAUUUCUCCGCACCCUAAAGAAAAGUUUCAAGAUGAUUCGGUCCCAGUCCCUGUCUCUGCAAAUGCCAACGCAGCAAGAUUGGAAGGGUCCCCCGACAGCCGGUCCAGCCAUGCCUCCCGCAACCCCUGCGUUCCCGGGAGACACUUCCCAGCCCAUGCCAGCACCGUAUGCCAUGCCCGAGUUCCAGCGGGUAACCAUCAGUGGAGAUUACUGUGCUGGGAUCACUGUGGAAGACUAUGAGCAGGCCGCCAAGAGCCUGGCCAAGGCCCUGAUGAUCAGGGAGAAGUAUGCCCGCCUCGCCUACCACCACUUCCCACGGACCACGGCCCAGUACCUGGGUUAUCAGUGGGCACACACGGCACCUCUGGAAGAGGGUCUCCCAGACUUCCACCCUCCCCCACUGCCCAAGGAAGACCCUUACUGCCUAGAUGAUGCUCCCCCCAACCUAGGUUACCUGGUCCGCAUGCAGGGGGGCAUCCUCUUCGUGUAUGAUAACACGAAGACACUGGAGCGCCAGGAGCCCCACAGCCUGCCCUACCCUGACCUGGAGACCUACACGAUGGACAUGAGCCACAUCCUGGCCCUUAUCACUGAUGGCCCCACGAAAACAUACUGUCACCGGCGACUGAACUUUCUGGAAUCCAAGUUCAGCCUUCAUGAGAUGUUAAAUGAAAUGUCCGAGUUCAAAGAGUUGAAGAGUAACCCCCACCGAGACUUCUAUAAUGUGAGAAAGGUGGACACGCACAUCCACGCGGCUGCCUGCAUGAACCAGAAGCACUUGCUGCGCUUCAUUAAGCACACGUACCAGACGGAGCCUGACAGAAUCGUGGCCGAGAAGCAGGGCCGGAAGAUCACCCUGAGGCAGGUGUUCGACAGCCUGAACAUGGACCCCUACGACCUCACGGUGGAUUCGCUGGAUGUCCACGCGGGCCGGCAGACAUUCCAUCGCUUUGACAAGUUCAACUCCAAAUACAACCCCGUGGGGGCCAGUGAGCUGCGUGACCUGUACUUGAAAACUGAAAACUACCUGGGAGGAGAAUACUUUGCUCGGAUGGUUAAGGAGGUGGCCCGGGAGCUGGAGGAGAGCAAGUACCAGUACUCUGAGCCACGGCUCUCCAUCUACGGCCGCAGUCCUGAUGAGUGGCCCAACCUGGCCCGCUGGUUCAUCCAGCACAAGGUCUACUCACCCAACAUGCGCUGGAUCAUCCAGGUGCCCCGGAUCUAUGACAUAUUUAGGUCAAAGAAGCUGCUGCCAAGCUUUGGGAAGAUGCUGGAGAACAUCUUUCUGCCCCUUUUUGAGGCCACAAUCAACCCCCAAGAUCACCGAGAGCUUCACCUCUUUCUCAAAUACGUGACAGGGUUUGACAGUGUGGAUGAUGAAUCCAAGCACAGCGAACACAUGUUCUCGGAGAAGAGUCCCAGCCCGGAUAUCUGGACCAGUGAGCAGAACCCUCCCUACAGCUACUACCUGUACUACAUGUAUGCCAACAUCAUGAUACUCAACAACCUCCGCAGGGAACGAGGCCUAAGCACGUUUCUGUUCCGGCCUCACUGUGGAGAGGCUGGCUCCAUCACCCACCUCGUGUCUGCUUUCCUGACUGCUGACAACAUUUCCCAUGGGUUGCUCCUCAAGAAGAGUCCGGUGUUGCAGUAUCUCUACUACCUUGCUCAGAUCCCCAUUGCCAUGUCUCCUCUUAGCAACAACAGUCUGUUCCUUGAAUAUUCUAAAAACCCUCUGAGGGAGUUCCUGCACAAGGGACUGCAUGUCUCUCUCUCCACCGAUGACCCCAUGCAGUUCCACUACACGAAGGAAGCUCUUAUGGAAGAAUAUGCAAUUGCAGCUCAGGUGUGGAAGCUGAGCACAUGUGACCUGUGUGAAAUCGCCAGGAACAGCGUGCUGCAGAGCGGCCUCUCACAUCAGGAAAAGCAAAAAUUUUUGGGACAAAAUUAUUACAAAGAAGGGCCUGAAGGAAAUGAUAUUCGAAAGACAAAUGUUGCUCAGAUCCGGAUGGCGUUCCGAUAUGAGACUUUAUGUAAUGAGCUCAGCUUCCUGUCUGAUGCCAUGAAAUCAGAAGAGAUCACAGCCCUGACCAAGUAGGUCCAGUACUGGACACGCAUUUUAACUUUUUGGUUUAAUUUUAAGUUCUGCUGUGAUUAACGGUGGUCGAAAUACCAAACUAGGACUUUCCUCCAUGGAGAGGAUGCCUCUGCAGAACUAUCAAACUAGUCGUUUUGGUUGCACUGUUCACUUUAAGAUCUAACAUGCCCACUUCUGUUAAUAUUUAUGAGUAAUAGGUGGUGACUCCUCCUUGGGGAUGUGGGAGCUGGACACUUGUCUAUACUCAUUCCUAAUUUUCCAAGUACUUCUCUUGAAAUUGCUAGUGCUUGUAUUGUGGGGGCCAGGGUGUUCCACAGUCCAGUGCCCACAGACAUGAGGUCUGUGUGGUUUUCUGCAUAGUCCUCUUUUGGCCCUGCGGGCUAGUUAGUAGUUGUUCAUUUCAGCCUCUGGCUGGCUGGCUGCCUUAAACAAAAUCAAUUGUAAAGCUCCCUUUUGUAAAGGAGCUACUUGGAGAGAAUUAAAAUAGAAAACUUCCUUCUUUGUGUUUUUUAUGAUUUUUUCAUUUAGCCCUCCACCCUCCUUUCUAUUUAGGAAGCCAAAUGUGCACAACACUUCUAUUCUGUGUCUUGGUUUUCUCAUCUGAAAAGUGAGGGUUUGGACUAGAUGAGAGGUUUUCAGAUGGUGUUCUGUGAAUUCUCCUCCCUUCAGGGUAGGAGAGAUUAAGGAGUGUGAGGUUCUGGGUGCUGCCUUUACUUCUUCAGUGACUACUUUCAUCAGUUUUUCAUUGAGAUGUCUACAUAUUUUCAAUUGAACUAAGGACUUUGAAGAGUAUAGGACUAGAUGAUCUCUGUUCUUUUUGGCUCUAAUAUUCUAUGAUUAUAACCCAAUUAUUAUUUUACUUAUGAAGAGUUAGGGUCAGAAUUUACUUAAGGUUAGACACCAAAUAAGUAAUAGGACUAACACGAGGUGUCUCUUCUCCUAAUCUAGUCCUUUCCCCACAAUUCCAUGAAGCCUCACAAAUGUUAGAAUUUUUAAUCACUGUAACCUGGUGCAUUUCUUUUUUAAGAUGAAAUUUCUCCCUUACCUAAUAUGUGGACUUUUUCAGAAGAUAUAAGUGGUCCCAGGGGCCAGGUAGAAAGUAUUUUUUAAAACCAAUCUGAAUUUAAGCUUUGCCAAUGUACUCUUCAUCUGUGUUACUAGUGCCUGGUACAUAGUAGGUGCUCAAUAAAUGUAUAUUGACUGAUUAAAUGAAUUUCUCUUUUGACAACUUUUUAAGGAUAUGUGCUCCUAAUACACGGCAAGCUGCUCAAGGACAUUCCUGUCUAUUUCUGUGGGCAAAUGUAGACUAUGGGAAGUCCUUCUGAAUCUGUAUGGGCUUAGAAGAACCCUAUUUUUGCCUGUAAAAAUGCUUAUUUGACUUUGGAUUGUCUUGUCUUGUGACUUUAUAAUGCUUGUUCCCUCCACUGGUCAACUUAGCAUACAGAUCAAUGGGUUUUGUUUUUUUUUUUCUACUAGGCAAACAUAUAUGCUACCUUAUAGCUAAUUAUGACAUUGAAUGAAAACCCAGCAUUUAUCUUAGAUAUUCAUUAUUUUUGAAAAUCUUUUUGUAUACAUUUGCCCUAACAUAGCAAGCAUUGUACAGUUUUUCAGUGUCAUUUUAUCUAUAUCAAGUUAUUUGUUUUUAAUUAUUAAAUAAAGUCUGUUAGGACUAUGGCUCAGUAAUUUAAAACAAUUUCAAUUUAAUAUUAUUUAAAGCAAAUGUUUAAGUUUUUACUUCAAGAUUGGGCAUCAUGGAAAGCUAUCAAUAACUAUUAAUUUAUUUUUAACUAAGACUCAGACAUGGAUGACAUUCAGUAGGAAAACUCAAAAAUUUCAAACCGAAGUUAGCUAGACUCAGAAGGUAAACCUUUGCUAACUUUUCCUGUAACUGCUGCCCUGUUAUUUUGUGAGCCAAACCACAUAUGUCCAUUUCCUUUUUCCUAGAUAAUACUUUAACCUAUUCAGCCAACACUUACUGGAUUUUACCUGUCCUGCAAACUUUUCAGACACCUUUUUCUAUAGUUCUUUGUGCUUUUAUUACAUCAUUGUACCUAACUGACCUUUUUUGGGGGUGAAUCCUACUUUCUUUCGUGUUCACAGUUGGAAUCAAAGGCAAUUGUAGUCUAGUCCACAUUUCUAAAAGAAGUUUUCGAGGCAUAUAAUCCUUUACCUGCACUAAAAGGCUCAACUUCAUGUUAUGUGUUGCUUCAGACUGCAUUGCUGAAAUGAUCAAUGUCAUUGCUUUUGCCUCACAAAAACAAAUCACAGCUCCUGGGUUGGUGUUUACCAAGGCCUGUCCUGGGCCUUUACUUCCUCUUAUCUUCGAUUAAAGCAGAGUUGCAAACACA